GUCAGACUGAAAAAAUGUCGAAAAUGCGUUUUUUCGUGCACUACAACAACCAACAUCGCCCCUAAUGAAAGCGAGGCAGUGUAAACACAACUCCAGGAACAUGAAAAGAUCGGGUGACAGUGAGGGAGAGAAGAGAAGAAAGAGGCGAAGGCUACUGCAUGAGUUGGGAGACAAGAAGAUCCCCUUUCUGGGACCUUCAAAUCGUGGUUUUCAGCAGCUGUGGGAUUCAAGUUACUCUGGCUUGGUGUUGAGGAAAUCGUGUUCAGUUCCUGCUGAACUCCACUGCCGGGUUCAGGCGGCUCUGCUCACCCUCAGAAGGAAGGGUUGUCUCCUGAAGGAUCUGGUUCGUGUCCGUGAUCGAGAUGUGUUCACCGCCGUGUCACGAGCACUGCUGGGUGAGCCUGGCCAUACCUACCGCUAUCUGGACACCCGGCUCUUUGCCAUCCCCUGGCACAGUGAGGACACAGAGGUCAAAGGACAAAACUGCUGUGAUCCCGAUUUGAGGAUCGCUUGUAAAGCAUUGUGGGAGCUUAAUACGUUCCUCUGUUCUGAUGUGUCUCAGCUGAAGGAGGGAGACCGGUUGGCACAAUGUGGAAAGGUCGAAGGAGAAGCAAAAGUAUUCGAAGAGGGUGAGACAGAGUCUAAACACAGUGAAGACUCCAAGAAUAGUGAAGGAGAGGACUCAGAGUCCAGACAAAGUGAGGAGGGGGACACAGAGUCCAAGCACAGCGAGGAGUGGGACAUUGAGUCCAAGCACAGCGAAGAAGGAUGCUCUGGGUCAAAACAAGAAGGUGGGUGGGAGACUGAGGAGGGUGAGUCAUCCCAAGCUAAACCAAGUGAAACUAGUGUUCCAUGCCCCGGCUGGACAACGGAGGCCUUCAGUGGGACAAAGGCUGAACCUGUGGGACUAGAGACCCAGGAGAAGCCUGUGGCACAACUAAAGCACAGUCUGUCAGAUUACCACAUUCAGGACAAAGAGAAACAUGCAGGUGGGCAGGGCUGUUCUCAGCCCAGUCCCCCACAGGUGCACACUAGUCCAGUCAAGUUCAACGUCACCUUACUCAACUACAUGGACCCAACACAAAUGAGCCAGCUCAAAGAGGAACCGUACUACGGCAUGGGGAAAAUGGCAGUAGGGUGGCACCAUGAUGAGAACCUGAUUACUCAUUCACCAGUGGCUGUAUACAACUAUAGUUGCCAUGACGACAAAGGUGAGUGCAGCGAAGGCAGCAGCGUUGAGAAAUCAUGUUGGAGGAUCGGCCUGAAGGUAGCCUGGGACAUCCACACACCUGGCCUGAUGCUGCCGCUGGAGUCCGGAGACUGCUACUACAUGAAAGAUGACCUGAACAACACCCACCAGCACUGUGUCCUUGCUGGAGACACCGCACGCUUCAGCUCAACUCACAGAGUUGCCGAGUGUUCUAAGGGGACCCUGACCUACAUCCAGUCACGGUGCCAAGAGGCCCUGUCCAACCUGCACACUGACCCCGAGACGGGCUCCCACAGCCUGGUGACCCUGCAGCCGACAGCAUUACAGCACUGUGAGGAGAUUCACAAUGAGGUGGAGUUCGAAUGGCUGAGACAAUAUUGGUUUCAGGGUCAGCGUUACGCCCGCUUCUGCAGCUGGUGGACUGGACCGAUGGAGCAGCUGGAGAAGGACUGGAAACUCAUGGAGACCAUGACCAUGCUUUUCCUGGCUACAGUGGAGGAGGAAGGCCAAGCAGAUGAGGGAAGGAGGGAGAUGGCAGAAACCCUGCUGUCUGCCUUGACAGACAGGCACCAGCAGAGGCAGACAUGGAGAGACAGGUACCAGGAGGGAAGGACACUGCCGGAAGUAAAAAAAAGCAGCUCAGGACAGCUCGAGUCCUGUUCGACACACAGGUGUGCUGUAAAACCCCCUCCAGGCACCCUGGACAGGAACAGGGCCCAGCAAGUUAGGCUGGGAGACUUACUGCAUAUCCUAAAGAUAUAUGGUGCCACUCGAGUCUGGCCCAGACGUUACCCCUCGAGGAGGCCCCAGUGGACCGACCCUUCUGGGGUGUGGAUGACCCCGGCAUGCCUCUGCCCUUUGAUCUGGCUGAUAUCAUUAGCAGAGUGGAGUCACUGCUAUGGAGGAUGUGAAGGACAGAUAAAGGAACUAAGGAUAAAAGAAAUCAACCCACCAGCUUCUCUGAAUGGUCCCCACAUCAGCUUGAGGAGACAGACGAUGGAUGCUACAUUUGUUGUGAUCCCAUCAUGGUUGAAUUCCUUUUGAUUGGGGAAUCUGCACCCUUCCCUCUCCUUCACCUACCGCUAUCCCAGCCGUAAUCGGCAUUCCAGUCACUCCAACUUGUUUGGAAGCAAAAACCAGACCACCAUCUUAUAUUCAGAGUAGUGCUUCAGUAACAUGCUAACAACACAGAGCUUAGCAUCAAGCUAGCAGUAUCACAACAAUCUAACAAAACAUAUGUGGAAUCUGCAUUUCAGUGUUAGCAUUCAUUGUGUAACUAUUUAUUAUUUCUGUGUACUCUGUUGCUUAAUCUCAUGUAAUCAAAACAUGCUUUUAUCAAUGGAUUGACUCCUUCUCAGUAGUCACAGAACAGUACAUACCUUUAUGCUUUCUGCUUGUCUCACAGUGUUAUGAUACAGUAUAGAUUGGUAAGAAACCGCACUUUGCUCACAUGGUAUUGCAUUCUUCACUUGUGAAUAGUGUAACCCGGUUUUAUUGUGUUCAGAAGUGGAAUGAGCCUGAAGAGACCAAAGAGAGACUAUGAUAAGUAAGUUCUGAAUGUCAUCUGGUGGAAAACAUGAAGUGUUUGUGGUCCAGUGGAGUGCUUGUGCCAUUUUGCUUUGCGAAUGUGCCUGUUUGCGUGUGUGUGUUUGUGUGUACGUUUACCAAUGCGACUAUACAUGUGAUCGGUCAAUGGCUUUUAUGUGUUUUUUUGUGCACGCGCUCUCCCCCACGUGCCUACAUGAAGGCGCACAUGUGUGAAUGUGAUAGUGUGUGUGAGCCCUGCAGGAUGCCUGCCAGUUGUUUGUUCAUGAAGACGAAGAAACGGAGCGCUGCAGAAGAACCCCUUCUUCCUCUGCUCUGAUGAAAGGCAGCUCUGAUAGAAUGACCCGGAACACAACCGCCGUUUCUCAUAAUUACAGCUGUUCAGUCGGUUUUAAUUACUCUUAAAGCGUGUACAGCACCACGUUCCCCUGUAAUGCUGCGGGCCAUCCAAGAGAGUGAGAGAAAGAUCCGGAGCUUCUGACAAAAUCCACUUUCAGAAAAGCUGCAAAAACGGGUUGAGGAAGAGGGCCGACGUCAAAGUGGUUUAGCAGCUCUGCUAGCUUGAUUUCUCUCUCUAUCUAGUUCAUGGAGAAUUAGAGAUGAUGUUUGCUAUGAAAAAUGCAGAAUGCACUCCUUUUUUUACUUCUAAGGUUUUUUUCCAACAUGUUAAUGGUUGCCAAUCGCUGUUUUUUUUUACUUCUUCUCUCUCUUCGCUUUUGGUUGUUUUAUUGUCAGGGAGAUUUGUUUGUUGAUCAGCAGCAGUGUUGACUUGUUUGACUCGCUCUGUGCUCCUGACGCCUCGGCUUGUAUGUCUGAAGCAGUAGGAAUGGCAGUAAAUAAAAAAAUAUGUUUUA